UGCGCGUCGGCUUGAGAGCUUGUUUCGGUCAUUCGCACAGCAAGAGUCACGAGAUUAAGAGGUUCUUGAGAAGAUGGUCCGCCUUUGGUUGUUGCCUUUGUUGGUGGUCGCCACCGUCCUGGCCAACGAACCCCAGCAAAUCGGAAAACCAAUCAAGAAUCUGGAAGUUGGUGGAAAGCCGGGGGAAAAUUCAACAACUGCUGAGGCCUUUGAACCCACAUUAUCGCCCGAAUGCAUCCUCGCCCGAUCAUCUUCAUUGACUGAGCUGACGAACGGAAAAAAGUACCUGUUUAUAAAAUCACACGGAAAUUGGACCGAGUCGAGGGAUAAAUGCGCCGAGUUGGGCCUUCAUUUGGCAGUCCUGAAGGACCGAAAAGACCUGAAAGUGCUUGAGCGCAAGGUCAACCAAUUCACUGACUUCAGCUGGUGGGUUUCGGCCAAGGACGAGGGAAGCGACGGCCAACUGGACUUCCGUUGGCACGACGGGUCCAAGUUGGAGCAAAACAGCAAUUUCUGGGACGAGGGAACCAACAAGACCCUCGGAUGCGUCGAGCUCAGGGCCAUGGGAAACAAACUGAGCGGCAAAAAGUGCAGCUACAAAUACGGGAAUUCCGUCUGCGAGCUGCCAAGUGAAUGCUACUGAAAGCAAUUCUAGAAAUUAUUGUUGAGAAAUAAAUUUUAUGAAAUGUACUUUUUUUUCAAAA